CGGACGAGACUGCAGCACUCGUGGUUACAGGACCAAGAUCCUCUACCUCGUCACUAUGAUAUGACAGACGCAUUCAUCUUGGCAUUACUGUCGUGCUGAUGUCGACGGACUGCGAAACGGUUAGCCAUCCAGUCUACCACCCAGAAAACAUAAUCAAAAUCCACUCACACGAAUGCCUUUGAGGAAGGAGAAUUCUCUCAUCCUCAUUUACACCCCUAUGUUUCGUUAGCCGGGCGACGUCUAGCAGCAUCAUGUUCGAGGUCCCAGAUUCGAAAAGGGUCAAAAGAUCGGACCUUUUCCGAGACGACGAUGCCUCGCCAGUCUCUCGGGGGUCGACCAGGUCUAUAUCGCCGGCAAGGCCCCUCGGCAGCGAGGGAGAGAGCAUUGUGAAGCCAAGCUAUGGAUUCGAAUACGACUUUGUGGCACCAAACCCAUCGGCGCCCAAACCGACUUUGGCAUCAAGCCAAUCUCAACCAGUCGUCACCUCACAGGAAGAAGAUGAAGAUCAAGAAUUCCAGUUCCGCCUAUUCACAUCGAACCCGAAGUCUGCCGUCCAGCCCUCCAAACCCGAUGCGCCUUUCGCAGACCCGAAGAUCAGGCUCUCGCGGACCCCAGAGCCCGCCGAGCUCGCCGACUCAUUGUCCUUGGAAAAAGCACACUUCCUUCGUCCUAAUCGUCCCGACUCGUACUAUUUCACCUCCGCAGUCCCAGAGGAGACUAUUGCAUCAUUAAGAUCACAGUAUGCAGAUGUUGCGUUGUCAACAGCCGACGUUGUCUCUAGAGCCAAGUCAACCAAAUGGCCCGGGUCUGCGCUUCCUUGGCGUCUGAUUCACGUUCAACUACUUGGAAAUGGUCAUCGGCUUAAGAAAUUGGCCCAAGCAGCCAUGUCCACUACGAAUACCAGAGACACCAGUUCCCAACAGCUCAAGCCCAACUCAAAGAGACCUUCGAAGAAACGCCGCAUCCUCCUCCGUCGGCGCCUAGCCCUGCGGCAAGAACUCGCCGCGCAGGUAAGGGCAACGGAGGAGACAGAGCGAGAGAAGCGUACGCGGCGGAACCGUGAAAAGAAAGUGAAGCGGAAGGAAAGGGAAAAGAAGAAGAAAUUGGAAGCGCCGGAGGGCAAAGGGGGCCCUGCCGGUGCUGAGGAAGGAAAAGGCGAAGAGAGAGGCGAAGGAGGAGAAGCCGUUCUCACCCAGGAACGAAAUCUUGGGACGGAAGAGGAUAUGAAGGCGCACAGUAUCCAGGGAGGGGAGAUCCGAUCGGAAGGGGACUCGGCAACCCAAGCACCAGAUCUGACUUUUACCACCAACAGUGCUACCGUUGCGGUACUGUCGACAAACGCAUCUAAAUCCUCAGCGCCGACACGAAGAGCUCCCACAUCCAAGGCACCAACCGCGGUCGCAGCGUUGGCCGCCACAGGGAACAUGAGAGCCCCGAAAUCAAUACAUUCCACGCGGCCACGACCUUAGCCUGCUACGAGGCUGGCGCGAUGGUUACAGACGGCCUACAAUACAGCAAUGGAAUUGAUGCAGUCGAAUCUUCAACAAAGACCAGCCCGUCGCUCAUUUGGCAGGCGCUGCAGCAAAAAUCACCCAAUGACGACCCGACCAACACCUUCCUUCCGAUAUAAACUAUCCCUCCAUUCGUAGAGCCAUUCCUGGUCCAUCAUGAUGAUCAUAUCUAUGGUACACUCAAUUCACCUCCGCAUGUCGGCAUUCAGAAGCGUGGCGAAGACUUCAGCCGCAACGCUCCUGCCCCCAAUGCCUGCUGCAUAUAGCAAGCCGUCCCACCCAAGGUCAAAUUCACAAUUGGCACCUCCCAGGCCACCGUAUCUGCCUCGCUGUCUCGAAAAAGUCCAUAGUGAUAUGCCUCAAUGGCAGAUCUGUCCCCGCAGUGAGAACCAUGAGCGUGAGUGUCCCGCUCGAGGCGUCCUUUCUCCAAAGGCCCAUCGGGAUUUGAGACUGAGCAUCCCCACUGGCAGAUCUCGCAAGGUACUCAUCAACGUCCCUGACAAGCUUCUGGAAGAUUCCUGGUCUAUUCUCAAGCUUGGGCAUUGUCACACUGAAGCCGUCUGCGACCUGCUGUGCCUUGUGCAGGAGCCAUCGCGUGUAUUGCUCCGCAGUGUUGUACUUGGAGAGGAUCCAUUGGACCUCACGUCUCGAUUCGUCAAGUAUGGCCAGGGUCUCCCUCUUGUUGGGCACAUCACUCGCUGUCACUCGCUGAGUACACGCAGCGACCCUGUCAUAUUCGACCUCAAGUUUCACUACGGCUUUGAUUCUUCUGAUAUCUGGCGGGUCAUUGCCUAUGUCAGGCGGCGGGGCGGCCUGCGGGUCUGGGAGAUUGAACACCAUGCCCUCAACGAACAGCGAGGCAAGUUCAUCACUAGCCAACGCCUUUCGACAUUGGCGAGCAAUCUGCAAUGCGCUCAACAGAUGCAUCAUGGCGCUCUGGAAGUUGCAGGACAUGAGAUCCAGAGACCAGAACGUGUAUGCUGUCAGCACCACUUCGAUAAGUGGUCGGGUACUGGUCGCCAGCUCGCGUAUGGCUCGGGUGGCGUAUUGAAGUACCAUGGCCAUUGUCUUUUGAUAGGCUGCUUGGGCGUAUUUUCGCUGCACGGCCUGAACAAGUGUGCCGCAUGCGAUCAUGGCGUCUCGAAGCGCCAUAGAAUGGUAUGCUAUUUGCGGAAUGACAAGGCGGUAUAUGUCUGGGUCGGGAUCGGCGUUACCAGGAAACCUCGCACGAGGCUCGACGUAUCGGACAAGGAAGGUGACCCAGCUCUGAAACGCGUCGCACUCAUGCUGGGACCUGUAUAACUUGGGACCCGCCCACGAAGACACGGCUGGAGAAUGACUCCCUCGCGCAGACACCGCGGAUUUGUCUUGUCCAUCCUCGCCCGAUGCGUCACCUUCGCCAUCCAGGAAACUUGUGAAUUCCACCAAUGUUGAAGGUGGUGGCGGCCUGGCAGCUGGAUUCCCGGAGCGGGAGUUGAAGUUGCGGGUGGCGUCGAGCUUUGAUUCAAAGAACCACGUCUCGGGCACUUUGUAGGAACACUCCAACCGGGACACGACGCACCGGCGACACGAAGGCUUCUCCUCGCCGCACUUGAUGCGACGGGUCUUGCAGUUCACACACCCGGUCCGCGUUUUCGGGGCGAAUCGCUUGCGUCUCGCCUGGCCUUUUUCACCGUCGAUGAGCACCGGCAUGCCGUGUUCAUGGGGGUUGGUUUGUUGGAUGGCGAAUUCGUGUGCCGGGCUGCGGCGGGGGGUGGUUCUGCAAUGGGAAUCAGUCCAUCAAGUCAGCAAACAAGAGCAGUCUCAACGAUUCAACUCGCUGGGAGGCAAGCCUCGCAAGAGAAAGAAGAGGGAGGUUCCGCCAACCUACCAGGUAUCGGGUGAUGUGCCGGCGAUGCACUUGAGCCUUCCGUUAUACGAUAUAAGAAAGAGGGAAUCUGAUGCUCGCUCGUUCCUUUCCGUGAGUUUUCCUCUCCUCUCUGUUCUCACCCGCUCUUCUGGUUUUCUGUUUGAAUGCUUCAUGUACGGAGUAGAUGGCCAAACACCAGGCAUUUAAUAUCACGGGGAAGAACCGGAUGGGAUG